AUGACCCCCCCAACCCCCCUCCCCGACGAGACCACCUCCACCAAACCCUCCACACCAGUCCUCGAUUCUUUAUCCUCAUCAGACUCCGACUCCGACUCCGACAUCGACGCCACCUCCGUCAAGAAACCAUCCCCCCACCUACAACAAACAGAAUGGCUCGCCACCUCCCGCACCAAGCGCUCCACAGCUGGCAACCGCAUGAAAGCCCUCCUCGCAAACGAAGCCCCCCUCCUCACCACAACCACAACCUCGACCGACGCCGACGCCGACGACCUCGAACUCUUGUUCGCCGAAGAUGAAGACGACGCCGGCUUCACCCCCGAAGCCAAAGAUGACGCGUCCGACGUCCAAAUGGAUAGCUCCUCGGACGAAGAAGACAACGAUGCCGCCAACGCCGACGAGGACGAAGGUGAGAAAGAGCUGGAGAGACAAGCCAGAGAAAAGAGAGCGGCUCAGCGGAAGAGGAAAACUCAAGAGGCUAUCCCGGCCAAGUUCCGCAAAAAGGUUAGGAUAGAACCGCCGGGGAGCUCAAACGCGGGGAGCACGGUUGCCAGCCCGGCGCCGAAGCCGCCGAGGCCGAAGAAGAAGAGUGAGAGGGCUAGUUGGUUGCCUACGCUAGCGGAUAUGCCUACCAGAGCGUCGGAGCGGUCGACGACGAGGAUGAGCAAGCAGCAGCUGCAUGAGAAGAUGGUGACGGAUGAGAUUAGGAGGAGGAAGCAGAUUGAGAGGAUGGAGAAGAAGGCCAAGUUGCUGGAGGCGAUGAAGAAGCCGCCUAUGACGCAGGCGGAGAGGUUGGCUGAGGCGGCCAAGGUGGAGAAGAGGAAUGCGAGGAGUUUGAAUCGGUGGGAGGAGGCGGAGAAGCAGAGGGAGGAGGAGAGGCUGAAGAAGAUUGCGGCGUUGAAUAGUCGGAAGCUGGAUGGGCCGGUGGUGACUUUUUGGAGUGGGAUUCAAGAGUUGAGUGAGGGGCAGGGGAAGCAUGUGGGGAACUUGGUGUCGAUGGAGGAGAGGGCGCCGAGGAAGAAGAGGCAGAGUGCGGCGGCGGUGUUGGCCGCGAAGGAGAUGGGGGUUGGUGAGGAGCCGGGGACGCCGACGACGACGCCGGUGGAGGGGGAGAAGAUGAAGGUGGGUGGGAAGGAGGGGGAGGUCAAGGCUGAAAAGGUUGAUGCGAAGAUGUUGGCUGGCACUGUUCCAACAGAGACGCCAAACGCUGGGACGACAGCUGCUCCGGUGAAUUCACCUGCUGUGCCGGUAGCGACAUCAACAUCGGCAACACAGGGGCCAGUCUUCGCUCCAACCACGGAACCACCAGUGUCUGUUCCAGCAACGCAGCCACCAUCUACUGCCCCAGUUUCGGCACCAGCAGCACCUCUCCCAACCCCACUGGCAAGCCCAGCACCGGCUGUCUCUGCUCCAGGUUCAACGCCCACACCUCCAGCAGUAGCAAUGCCCGCACCACCGCCAACCGUCGCAGCACCAGCACCGGUUCCUGCUUUGGGGACAUUCCAACCGCCAGUUCCUUCACCACCACCACCACCACCACCCGCUCAAAUACCCACGGCUGCCUCGGCACCACCGUCAGGUCCAGUCUUUGCGCCUCCACUUCCACCAACAACCUCAGUAUCACCACCCAAGGGGCCGGCAGCACCGGUACUAUCAAUGACACCUCCAACAGCCUCCUCAAUGGCACCACCGCCGAUACCACCACCACCAGAGGCGAGACCGCCCACAUCAGGGGUUCUUGCUGCCCCUAUUCUCGCACCACCACCUGGCCCAAUGCUUGGAGCCCAGAUGCCAAUGUUGGGGUUUCCUCCGUCAGGCGGGAAAUCCAAUGUCCUCGCUUUGCCCAAUACAUCACAUACCCCAUCACCACUCUCCAUGCCGCUCUCUGCUCCGGCUGUUCCCGCACCAGCGCUGCCCAUAUUAUCUACCCCAACUAUGUCCGCCCCUGUACCACCAACUGUACCAAAACUGAACAUUCCCACUCCUCCUAUUCCGUCAACUCCUGCUCAGCAGAAGUCGGCGCCAGCUCAGACGCCGGUAUCAGCAACACCUGUCUCGGCGACACCAAUAUCAGCAGCCCCAGUCUCGGCAACCCCAACAACAGCCAAACAGCCCGACACACCCCAAUCAGCUCUCCCCCAGUCCGCCGCCACCAACCCAGAACCGCCAGCUCAAGACCAACAACCACAGGGCAAAGUCACCAGAAGCUGCAUCAUCCUCCAAAACUUUGACGACGCCGCCAUCAAGGACAAGCAGAUCCAGAACCAGAUCUUGUUCGGUCGGAAGAUGAACCGGCUGGCCAAGCCGGCGCACCCGCCGCUGUGUGUCAUUACCAACCAUCCUGCCCGAUACCGAGACCCAAAGACGGGGUUGCAUUACUAUAAUAGUUAUGCGUACAAGGAGAUUCAGAGGGUGAGCAAGGGGGAUUACAAGUGGAGCUCGCUGCUGGGGAGUUAUGUGGGGAGGGGAUGGGGAGUGUUUGCGGCGAAGGGGGUGCCGGAGAGGUUUACGGAUCCGAGCAGGCCGAGCGGGAUUGUUGCUCGGGGGGAGAUGCCGGAGGAGGUGGGGGUGGUGGAGGCGAGGUUGGUGCCUAUUGAGGGGGCGGAGUCGGUGGUGAAGAUGGAGGGAGGGGGGGGGCAGCAGGGUGUUGUUGUGCCUGCUGCUGCUCCGGUUGUGAUGCCUUCUUCUCCUGGGCAGGUUGUAACGCAUGCAGGUGGUGGUUCUGCGCCCGCUGCUCCAGCUGGAGUGGUGAUGAACCCUCCUCCUUGUCCUCGUCCUCCAAUUGUGUCACCAGUAGUAGUUGAUGCCCCUCCUGCUGUCCCGGAGGUGGGUAUGGCUGCUGACCAGAAUAACCACCACCAGCCUGUGCAAACGCAGUAG